AUGUCUGUCUUUUUAAAACUGGUACAGUACACUUAUUUCUUCUUUUCUUCUUCUUCUUCUUCUUCUUCUUUAACCCUCACUCUUUCCUUCCAUUUGAAUCGUCCUUUUAUUUUAUAUGUUCUUUCUUUUUCUCUGGACUUUUGCCUCUGUACAUUUUGGAAAAACGGUUUAAGGGUUCAUACCUAUAGCAUUAUUCUUGAAGGGGAGAAAAUAUCUGGUCUUUCAAUUUACCAUCAUUUCUAUCUAUCUAUCUAUCUAUCUAUCUAUCUAUCUAUCUAUCUAUUUCAGUAUUCUCAUAUCUAUCUAUCUAUCUAUUUCAGUAUUUUCAUAUCAAUUUCAGUAAUUUCAUAUCUAUUUAUCUAUCUAUCUAUUUCAGCAUUUUCAUAUCUAUCUAAUUUCAGUAUUUUCAUAUUUAUUUAUUUAUCUAUCUAUCUAUUUCAAUAUUUUCAUAUCUAUCUAAUUUAUUUAUUUAUCUAUCUAUUUCAAUAUUUUCAUAUCUAUCUAAUUUCAGUAUUUUCAUAUCUAUCUAUCUAUCUAUCUAUCUAUCUAUCUAUCUAUCUAUUUCAAUAUUUUCAUAUCAAUUUCAUAUUUUCAUAUCUAUCUAUCUAUCUAUCUAUCUAUCUAUCUAAUUUCAGUAUUUUUCAUAUCUAUCUAUCUAUCUAUCUAUCUAUCUAUCUAUCUAUCUAUCUAUCUAUCUAUCUAUCUAUCUAA